GCUGGAGAGUUCUGCAGCUCUCCCGCUUCUUCGUCUUCCUCCUCUUCUUCUUCUCCAGACUCUUCAAAUUAUCUUUCUAUCUCUCAUUCCCUCCCUAUAAAUGCUCUUCUCCUCUCCUUCCUUCUCAUCAGAAACAGGUCUUACAAGUCGAUAUCUCAUCACCAAUAACACAGACUCCUGGUUUAUUUUUUCAUAGUUUUUACAACCCAUCGUCUUUUUUCCUUUCUCCAGUUGGAAAGAGCAAGCACCAUCUUGCAGCAAUGGCACUGAUUUCAUCCAUCUUCGGUCGACGAAACGAUCCCUUCUCCAUGGAGAUCUGGGAUCCCUUCGAUGGUUUCUUCCGCAACUCUGUUUCCUCCCCUUCUUUGGAAGCUUUCGCGAGUGACGCCUCCGCAAUCGCCAACACUCAGAUCGACUGGAAGGAGACUCCCGAAGCCCACGUCUUCAAGGCCGACCUCCCUGGAGUGAAGAAGGAAGAGGUGAAGGUGGAGCUCGAAGAAGGAACGGUGCUCAAGAUAAGCGGGGAGCGGAGCAGAGAGAGCGAGGAGAAGAAUGAAAAGUGGCACCGAGUGGAGAGAAGCAGCGGCAAGUUCCUCCGGCGAUUCAGGCUGCCGGAGAACGUGAUGCUGGAUCAGGUGAAGGCGGCCAUGGAGGACGGGGUACUUACUGUAACUGUGCCUAAAGCACCGGAGCCAAAACCAGAGAUCAAGCCCAUCGAGGUCACCGGUUGAUUGUUCUCCAAUAUUUAUGUGGUCAUCGCAAUCUUGUGACGCUGGAAUUUCACUUUUAUUUGUAUUCUGUAGUCAUAUAAAAUAUAAUGAUUUGUAUAACUACUAGUAUCAUAGUGUCUGCGUGAUCUCUGCUCGUCUGCUGUAAGUUCGUGAUCUUGUUUUGAUGCAAUAAAAUUGAGAUGGAUUUGCCUGUA